AUGAGGACGCAGGAAGUCGUAAAGUGUCUGCUUGUAGCCGUGGCCCUCGUUUUGCCCGACAACUACACCUUGGCCGACGAUCGCCACGAUAUUACGACGAAACGCAGUGGCACCAGGAGAAACCCAAGGCGUAUCUUCGACAUCCUCCUCGGGAAAUUUCGGCCUUGCCUUAACUGCGUAUGCGGAAAAUCCAACCGUGGGGGUGCGAGGUUCCUGGGUGGCGAAUUCACGGAGACCCACGAGUUCCCCUGGCUUGCCAACGUCCACGUGAAGAGCAGCAAUCUGUACUUCAGUGGGGUACUGAUAAACGACCGGUACGUCCUGACCGCGGCUAGCCAACUGAUCGGCGCGACGCCACCCGAGGUGAAAGUAGCUCUGGGUGAGUACGACCGGUGCCACCUGGACGUGUCCUCGGUGAACAUGAGCGCCGACGCCCUCAUCUCGCAUCCCGAGUUCAAUUACGAGUCCCGAGCCCACGACCUGGCCCUCGUGCGGCUCAGCCGAUCGACGCACCUUGAGAGGCGCGUCCUGCCUGCCUGUCUCCCGGAACCCGGGUCGACGUACCUGGGCCACGUGGGCACUCUGAUGGGCUGGUCGGAGACUCCGUCGGUGGCGGAGGCGCCGCUUACGUGCCGACCGCGGAAGCUGGGCUUGCCCGUUUUGGGGAGGCGCGAGUGCUUGAGGAGCGGCGCGAGGCCCGAGUAUUACCACGAGGAGAGCGGCUGCGUCGGUGUUAUCGGCAUGAGCUCGAUUGUCUGUCGCAACGAUGCGGGCUCCUCCGUGAUGCACAGGUCUUACCAUGGCUUUUAUGAUCUAGUUGGUAUUUUGUCGGACAUCAACAACUGCAACGACACCAUUGGCACGGCCGUGUACACGAAAAUCGCACCCCAUCUCGAUUGGAUUUACGAAAAAACAAAGGACGCCUGCUACUGUUUGAGACCGUUCGAUGUGCCGGAGAUAAAGUCCCUCAUGUUUGCUUACUGA